AUGAAGGUUAUAAGUUUGACAAAGGCGUCCGAUACCGGUAAUGAGGCAACAAUUACUCUAUUACCUCAGGAUAAGGAGGAUCUGUUCACACUUUACCAAUUAAUUGACAAAGAUGAUGAAGUCAUAUUCAAGAAAACGGUUACCAGUAACAUGGAUGAAGGCGGCAAGAAGAAGACAACGGCACUGGUGAGAUUGAGAUUGCAAAUUAUUUCGAGUGAGUUUGAUUUGAAAAAUGAAUCACUGAGAUACAAAGGUGUUACCGUGGUGGACGAAUCGGGUAGAGCUAAUCUUGAUAUUCCUGUGGGCAAAUAUUUCAGCUUUACGGUUAAUUACACUUAUCCCUUUACGAUUGUCAAGCAAGAUUACAAUAAAUAUAACCAGAGACUUCUGAAUGACGCCACUCAAACUGAUGCCAAGGCUGACACUGGUGCUGUGGUUUUGCAAGAAGGGAUUGCUCAUAUUUGUCUACUUACAAAUUCAUCCACAAUCUUAAAGCAAAAGGUGGAAUACUCAAUGCCAAAGAAAAAGAGAGCUACUGAUGUGGCUAAAUUCGAACAGAAGACUGGAAAGUUCUACAAAGCUAUUUAUGAAGGUAUGAAAAAAGCCUUUGAUUUCAAGAAAUUGAAGUUGAUUGUUCUAUGCUCCCCAGGUUUUUAUGCCAAGACACUAAUGGAACAGAUAUUGCAGUUCGCUGAAGAAGAACAGAACAAAGAGAUACUGAAUAUGAAGAGUAAAUUCUUGGUUGCUCACUGUUCCACAGGUUAUCUUCAAGGCAUUUCUGAGGUUCUGAAAAAUCCAUCCUACGCCUCCAAGUUGCAAAGCACCAAGUAUUCCCAGGAAGCAGUUGUUAUGGAUGACUUUUUGAAGCACCUCAACGACGACGAUUACAAAGCUUGGUACGGGGAACAAGAAGUCAGAAAGGCGGCUGAUCUUGGUGCCAUUGAUGUCCUUUUAAUCACUGAUACACAAUUAAGAUCUGAUGAUGUGAAUGAGCGCAAAAGGUGUCUGUCCCUCGUUGACGAUGUCGAAGCGACUGGUGGUCAGGCACUCGUUUUCAGCUCUUUCCAUAGCUCUGGCGAAGAGCUGGAUAAGCUUACAGGUGUGGCUUGCAUCUUAAAGUACCCACUCCCAGAUUUGGACGAAGACGAUGAAGAAGAGGAAGAGGAAGAGGAAGAUGAUGAUCAAUAG